AUGGCUCCCACCCAUGCCCACGCCCACACCGAGGCCGCACAAGCGCAGCGGGUCCCUGCGGCCACCUACACCGACCCCAGGAUGCUGAACGCUGAUGAAGACUCGCCUUCCUCUCCAGAGGACAUCUCUUACGAUGAUUCCGAGAUAUUCAAUGCCGCAGCCGCUGACGAGGUCACAGCCCAUCUGGCCGCUGCAGGUCCUGCAGGGAUGGCUGCCGCCGCUGCCGUGGCCACAGGGAGGAGACGGAAAGGGCCUCACGUGUUCGAGCCGAAUCCAUCCAUCCGGAAGAGACAGCGGACCCGCAUGCUUCGGAAACUUCGAGCUACCUUGGAGGAGUAUACUACUCGGGUGGGACAGCAAGCCGUGGUCCUCUGCGUCUCGCCCUCCCAGCCCAGCCCGGUCUUCAAAGUGUUUGGCGCCGCGCCCUUGGAGCGCGUGGUGCGCAGGUACCAGAGCGCGAUCCUGGGGGACCUGGAGUGCGCCCUGGCCCAGCGCGCCCCGGGGCCGCCCGAGGGGACCCUGGAGCUGCCGCCUCUCACCGUGGACGGAAUCCCAGUGUCCGUGGAUAAAAUGACCCAAGCCCAGCUCCGGGCAUUCAUCCCAGAGAUGCUCAAGUCCUCCACGGGCCGGGGGAAACCAGGUUGGGGCAAAGAAAGCUGCAAGCCCGUCUGGUGGCCUGAGGAUAUCCCGUGGGCGAGUGUCCGGAGGGAUGUCCGCACGGAGGAGCAGAAGCAGAGGGUUGGCACAGGGGCAACGGUAGCCACAUUGGCUGAUGCUUCGGAAUUGCCAGCCACGGUCACUGUUGCCCAGAUGAAUGAUGCUGCUGCGGCAGAUGGAGAGGUGGGACAAAACUGGGCCACGUUACAAGGAGGUGAGAUGGCCAUCCGGGCGACGCAAGCUUCAGAGGCCACACAGGCAGCGGCACCCUUGGCAGCUGCCGCAGCUGCAGCUUCUCAGGAGAUGCAACAGGGAGCUACCGUCACCAUGGCGCACAACAGUGAAGCAACCGCCCAUGCCAUAGCCGCAUCAGCCGAACCCACCCUGCGAAGGGGGGGACACAUCGUCCUGUCUGUGGAAACCGCAGCAGCCGUUGCAGGACUCACUGGAGCCCAAAACACUAAUGGACUGGUCCAGAUCCCCGAGAGCAUGUACCAAACUCUGGUAACCAGCCUCACCCAAGGCAACUGGCCGGUGCAGGUGGUCAUGGCCCCUGGGACCGCAGUCAGCAUGGACGGCCAGGCGGUGGAAGUGAUGACGUUGGAACAGUGA